AUGACUUUCCGUGAGUUCAAAGGGGACCGAGGCGAGGUUGGCUUCCUGGAGUAUGUCUUUCAGAGUGCGCGGGCGCUGGAGAUGGUAGCUAUUUUCAUGGCCAAUCCAAGCUCCACGCCGUUCUCGGAGGACGAGGCGUUUGUCAAGGCGCAAUACAGCGCUAGAAACAUGAAGAGUAAAUCCUGCCAAAAGUGCAUCAUCGGGAGUAGCCAUCCUGCAGGACGCGAUGCUUGGAGCCUCAAAAUUGGGGCAGAUUUCAACUUUGAGGACCCGUUUACGGUGACGACGGUGGAGGAGGAAGCCAGCUGA